CGGCGGCCAACGCGGUGGCCGGCGGCAUAGCAGACCGACCGUCAGCCGUCCGCCGGUCAAAUCGUCGCCGCGUUUACCCAAAACAGCCGAUGGCCGCGACCACGCCGUCCACAAAAGCCGAAGCUCCGCCGAAAGACGUCGCCCGCCUGCCGCCCGAUAACAGCGUUGUAAAGACGGCCGCGGCGACGGUGACCACGCGUCCACGGUGUCGCCAGCAGUCGUUAACCACAGCGUCCGGUUCUUCGCCGUCGUCGACCGCGGCACCGGCGUUGGCCGCGUCCGCGACGGCAACGAUAACGACGGCGACGGCUACGACGGCACCGUCGGUCGCUCCGAUCACGGCGUCUACCUCGGCCACGGCCAUAGCGACCACGCACGCGGCCAACGCUAUCGCUUCGACCGUGGUCGACGGCGGCCGAUCGUCACGGCCGUGCCCCUCCGGCAGCCAUUGCCGCAAACACCUGCCACUUGUCCGUCCAGACCUGCUGCCUGACUCCGAAACCGCCGCCGACGCGACCACGCGAUCCACCGGCCGCCUCCGGCCGCCUCGGCCGCAGCCAGCCACCUCGGCCGCAGCCAGCCGCCGACGCCGUCAUCGUGGUGGACGGCGAUCCGUCCGCGGAAGCCGCGACCACGCGACAAUCCGUCGCCGUCACGAUGACGACUACGCCGCCGCUGUCGUACGAGUUGCAAGAGAUCGUAGUGGAACCGGAAAUUGA